CCACGGAACCUAACGUUUGGCGCCAUUUCUCUCUGAUGGUUUCUUUCUAAGAGCAAAGAGGCGAACCGUUGCAGUAGAUUCCAAGCUAGCUACGAGUUCAUCAAACGCCACAGUCUAAGAGACUUUGAUCGCCGCUGUAGCUUGAUUAUACCCAUUCGCAUCGGGCGACAAGUCUCCCCUCGAAGCUUUUCUUCUCAUCUUCCCUGUAACUCAUCGCAAUUCCCAUCCUCCAUUCUCUCCCAACCCCUCCAUCACCCCUCUCCACCACUCGAUACCUUACCAAGCAACAAACGACCCUCUCGACGACUACCUCCCAACAACCCACAACCACAACCCGAAAAGCGACCAUGGCAGACGAAGACCAACCCCAAACCCUCAAGUCCGUCUUCACCUCGGCUGAGAGAAAGCGUCUCACCCUCGAAAACUCCUACGAGGCCUCCUCCCCGACCUACCUCGACGACCUCCAAACCGCCAUCGCAGAGUACGAGGCAUGCCUCGACCUAAUCUCCCGCGCCGCCCUCUUCUCCCCCAACGAGUCCCUUGAGGACCUCUCCACCUCCUCGCUCCCCUACCUCCUCAUCACAUACCACCUCGCCGAGCUGCACCAGAAGCUCCCCUCCCGCCGCCCCAUCGAGCGCCGCGUCGCCCUUGAGCGCGCCCGCGAGGCUUACGAGACCUUCCUCGGCGCCCUCGACUCCUACGACCUCCUAACCGACACGGACAAGAUGCUCUACGAGCGCUAUACCGACGAACCCCUCGCCUUCUCCACCCUCGGCACAAACGACCCCGCCAAGCGCCGCGACGCAAAGAUUGCAAACUUCAAGUCGGAAAAGGCCCUCAAGGACCGCCUCGAGGCGCUGCGCAGGAACCCGCGCUACCAGAACGAGGACGGCGACGACGAGGUCGCCCGGGACCUGCACCUCGCGCAUGUCGCGUACUCGGCGCACAUGGCGUUCCAGGGUCUCGAGGGUAUCAACCGCGAGCUGGAGGUUCUGGCCCAGGCCACGGUGCCGCUGAUGCCCUCACCAACGUCCGUCGAGGAAGACGAGCGCCGCCGCACCGAGGAACGUGGCGCUGAUGGAUACACUGAGCGUCUUCAGCCCCCGCGCCGGCUGCAGAGCAUGUUCGGGCAGGGAGGUCCCAUAUUGUCCACGGAGGGCAAGCCGCUGCAGCCAUUCACGCUCGUCGGGAACAGGCAGCAGAUGGCCAAGGAUGUUUUCCGCCCCGGCCACAAUCUGCCUACGAUGAGCAUCGACGAGUACCUCGACGAGGAAAUGCGUCGGGGCGGCAUCAUCGAGGGCGGCGGCGACGCGAGCUGGCACCGCCCGGAGCCUAACGAAGAUGACUUUGACAAGGCGGACGAGGAGACGAUGAAGGCGAGAGCGUGGGACGAGUUUGUCGAGGCGAAUCCAAAGGGUUCAGGAAACACGCUGAACAGGGGCUGAGCCAGGAAAGCGGGAAUAUGGAUUCGGGGCAUUCGGAAUGGGAGUAUGUAAUUCGGAGGAGUUUGAUGCAUAGACUUGAAACAAAAAGGGAGGAUACCACCACGCAACGAUAUGAUGACGGGCCUUGGCGAGCUCACAUUAUGGCGAGAACGGCAAAAGGGUUUUA